GUUGCGCAGUAUGUACGUUCAACGCGUAACGAUCAGUCCUAGAAACGAAUAACGAAGAUUUCAUAAAGAUGCAUAUUCUGUGACCGCGUCGCGUGUGACUGACAAAACGGUAUGUUGGCGAAGAUCGGCUACGAGAAUAAAUCAAAGUAAAUGGGGUCGUCGCGCGAUAUGGAUUUAUCGUAACAGAUGACGAAGUGCAAUCACCAAUCCUCUCGCGACGUAACCGUCAUCGCGUUAAUGGCGAGGUUAAUCGUCUACGAGGACACGUUGGAAAGGACGAUAAAAUAAACAGCUGUGCGUCGAGUAGGAACAUGUGGUUCUGGUUACUGUAGCGCAAAAUGUGACGCAUUAAGUUACUGCAAGUUAAAAGUAUUGCACAAUAUCCAAAAUGGAGAAGGUUAUACCAAUGAGUUGGUUAAACCAAAUAUUACUAGUUUUUAGUAUAGUGGCUGCAAUAUUGUCCUUGGUUGUACAAGGGUGGACAGAUCUUACAUCUCUGCCAAUAUAUGUUUCUAUCUCCUGGGCUGUAUUUAUCACAAUUAUAUCCAUAUGGCUAAGUUGCUGCUUGCUACGUCUCAUGCUGAAAGCCAAUAGUCCAAUCGCUCUAGAGUUUAUGAAUAAGUGGAUAUACAAGAAAUUAGCAAGUCAGCUGCAUUCAGACUCUUCGUUAGAUGAGAACGGAAGUGCAGAAAUCACUCGCAAAAAUGACAGUGAAAAGAACUCAAAUUCCGCACAAGAGGAUAAUGUUAAUGGCGAUACUUGUAAGAAUGAGAUUCCUUUGACACGAAGAAAAAAGUUGAAUAUAACAGAAAUGACGCAAGAGAUUAAUGCAAAAUGUAUAGAAAUUUGGUAUAAGAAUAUAAGUAACGACAAGUCAUUCCCCGACGACGCGCAGGACUUGUUGAGGAAGUUCUUGACCAGGCUUAUAUGGAAAGCCAGUCUGAUAGAUAAGAUAAAACUUACUAAUAAGUUGGCAAAUGUGUUAUUGUUACAUUUAAAGGAAUAUCGUAGGGCAUUACGCAGAGUUGAGAAGGGUACUGCAGCUAGCGUGGAGGAGGCAUAUAAGUAUUUACACCCUGGCUCUCGCAGUGCGUCAACAUUGGAGCACAUGUUAUAUCGUUUAGUUACUGUUUUGGCACAAGAGUUUCUACAGUGGGAAUUAACUAGUUCAUUACCGUGCAAACUUUUGUUAUCUAUUUUAGCAAAGAAACUCUUAACAACAAUAGAUACAAUAAGCUGUCCAGAUUGGUUGAUAGAGAAUUUGUUAAGAUUAUUUGAAGCUCCAGUAAACGAAGUUGCAGCUAUUCCAGUUAAACAAAAUAUCAAUGGUACCAUAACUAUUGCUCUAAGCGAUGGUAUCACAUCCGCGACAGCAGCUGUAAUCCCACAGCAAUUGCCAAAAUCUGUAUCCAAGUCUAGUCCAACCACAGCUACUACGAGUGAAGAUAAAAAUGCAGCUUUAACAGCAACUCCAAAAAGACCAACUCUAUGUCUGGAAGGUCUCUCCACGGAACACAGAGGCUUGUGGGGAGAUAGCAUAACUGACACAGAGUUGGAAUUGGAAGAAGAUAAGAUAUCACCGGUGUACGAAGAACCAACGGAUUUCGCGACGACGAUCGCUAGGCUUAGAAGUCUAUUGCAACAAAAGUCUACAGCGACCACACCACUACAUGCUGAAGAAAAAUCUUAUGUGAUAUACGAAGGCAGCCAAUUUAUGAAUUUAUCAAUUCCUUGGACUGAAUUCCACACCGCGACGGACGGUUCACAACAAUUGUAUUACUGUAUACAAUUUGACGAUGUUGAGCAACGUGGAAUGGAUCUAUUCGAAACAACUACUGCUACAGUCAAAAGGCAAUAUGCCGAUUUUGUUCAGUUACAUCUCAGUUUGGAAGAAAUUCCAUCAUUAGCGAGUAUUAUGUCGGAACUUGUGUUACCCGAAGGUGGCCGAAUUGAGCUAGAAACAUAUUUGAAAACAUUGUGUACGCGAUUGGCGAAUGAAUGUCCGCCGCAACUGCGUCAUUUUCUUCGUCCUAGUAGCGGCGCGAGCAAGAAAGCCGACGCGGUAGCGCCUCGUUUGGAUCGAUUUCUAGCUAAAACUGUAACUGGGGUCUUUAAUACGUUGAAAACCGUUGUCCCGGGUUUCGAACUAGAUCAAGAAGAAGACACUUCUCCUCCACCCACUCUAAUGCCUUUGUCUGACAUACCUUGGAGAUUUGUCGAGAAUAUAAAGUCGAAAAGCCUAGCUUGUGAACUCCAGCAAUUGAUAGCAGAAAGGACGGAGUAUUGUACAGUAGAUACAGCUUAUGAGGCAGUUGACUCAAUGGAAACAAGUGGCGAUUCAGAAUUAAUGGGUUGUUGGUGGGAAACCAUUAAUAGUUCAUAUGACGAUGAAGUAGACGAAUUAGAUUCCAAUUUAACGUUGACAUGUACGACGAUAGAUUUAAUUUGUGAGCUUCUAGCAGGCAUCGCUAGUAACAAUACGCUACAACAAGAAGCAGUCGUUAGAUGGACCAAAUUGCUAUUUGGAAACAUUUCAGAGCCAAUCCUGCAGAAAAUAAUUCUUUGGUUAUUUGACUCUCUAAGCAGUUCUCCAUUAAUUUGGGAUGCGUCACAUAAUAGCACAAGUCAGAAGGAUACACAAUUGAAGGACAAGUUGCUACGUAUAUUAGAGAAAAAGAUAUCGUAUCAUGUAAAAUUGAUAUUCGGCGAGGAUGACAUAUACAAGGCUCUGAAUUAUCUGUUAAGUUCAUACGAAAUCAAAAAGAUAAACUUAGAUUUAAACAUGCAAAUGUUAGAUGCAUUAGUAUCAGAACUGUUAAUUUCUUGUAAAGCAAAUCACGAUGGUAUGGAUUAAUUUCAAUUUUUAUUUAGUUCUUUAGAUAGAAAAUCGCUUGAUUAGCAAGAUUCGCACACUAUUUUUAUUCUCGUAAUAACAUGGCUGGAGAAAGUCAUCAUUAAGAGGAUACUUAUAUCAAAAUACUUGUGUAAAAACAAAUUGAUAUGUGCCAUAUGUAGAACAUGUUAAUCGUUUACGUUUUAUGAAAACCCGAUGGAUUUUUUAAAACAAAGACUAUGUACCUGAUUAUACAUUUACAAUAAGAUAUGCCAAGUAUUUUUUCCAUUAGAGAAUAAUGGCUCCUUUUAAUUGAAUAGCGCGAAGAGUCACUCUCUUGGAAAGGCACUAUACACAUUUCUGGACUUAUAAGUAUAGCAUUUAUAUUUAAUAACCAAGUUUUGUACAAAGGAAUUGUAUGUUCCUGCAAAAUGUACGAUGCAUGUUAUACAAUGUAUACAAACUAGCAACUCUAUCAUUGACGUUCCAAAGACUGUGAGGAGUUUUAUGUGUACACAUUCAUUUACAUAAACAAUAUAUGUGAACUUAA